AUGCAACUUGUUCACGACCGCUCGCCGACGGCCACGCGUGCCGUCCGAUCCUCAAACAUCGCCUACUGCGCUGAGGGAAUGUGUGUGGAGUCACGGCGUGUUUUUGAGCAUUGUUGUUCAGCGGAGUGCGGCCGACCGUGGGGCAGCGGAGCCGCCGGUGUGCGGACUGACGGAGCGCCGGGGCGCGCAGCCGCGCCGCCGCCGCCGCCCAUUCAACCGCCGCGCCACGCCGCUGCGCGCUGUCCCGACCUUGUCUCCUCCGCGCUCUGCCUGCACGAGGUCCUCGCUCCGAGCGCGAGCCGCACCACGCACGCCACGCACGCCGCACCACCGCGCGCCACGCGCCAAGCGCCACGUCGCAUCAUCGUACCACUGAACCACCCUGCCACAUCUGAAACUAGAUUGAAAAGUCACGAAAAUUGA